AUGACUGUCAUGGUAAGCGCCCGGGUUGCCCUCGGCGGGCGAUGCUGCAAGCACACGCUCCUCGGCAGGCCACGCGCUUGCGCCCCGUGCCAGGAGAGAGGUAGAGCGGAGAGGAGAGAGCCGCGGCCGCAGGCGGGGAGGCGCCGAGAGCGCAAGCGGCACGGCAACGCCAAUCAGAUCCUGGCCAUGCAGGUGUAUGCUGCUGCCUUCUGGUGCCCUCUGCUCGAGGCUCGCUCUCUGCAGGGGAGGCGCUGGGUGAGCUCAGAUGGGCAUGCGGUCGCACGCCAGCCUCUACGCGCCGAGGGCCCCGAUCGCAGUGCGGCCAGCUUGCCGCCGAGCUCGAGGGUACCGCCGACAGGGAUGCCCUUGAUCUGGUCGAUGGGCCCCAGCUCAUGGAGAAACCGCCAGAGGGUCACGACAUCCAUCGAAGAUCGCACACCUUGA